UAUCUCAAAGAAAAUAUGAAGAAAGUAUUAGAUAACUUCUUAGACAUCUUAACCAUCUGUUCUGAAGUUGUGUCGUCGGAUGGUGUACCUACAAACAUGGAAGAAGAUGCUCGUGAUGGCUACCAUUGGUUGAUGGAAGAAUUAAAAGACCUUCCACAAACUCAAUUCGACUAUUUAAGAGUACGUGGAAGCAAGCGUCCAGCUGGAGUAGCAAGUGGCGGGGCCUUCAAGAAUAGUUUUGAUAGUCUUUCUGUAUAUGCUGGUACAAUAUAUUGGUUGACUCACAAGAAAUAUAGCACCAGACGCGAAAGAGUGGCGGCUAAGUACGUAUUGGAUUUCAUACAUCAAAAACGAGAUCAAUGGAUCCAUCAUCUAACUCCUUAUAGUACUAGAAAAAAACAUUUGUCAGUCGUAAAUUUAUUAGUCUCAGCCAAAAGAGUCAGACCGUUGAAAUAUCCAAGUCUAAAACGAUACUCUAAGAAGCGAGCUCAUUAAUCUGAGAGAAGGGUCGAUGGGUUUUAUGUACAGUCUCGAUAUUAAUGUCACUGCAGAAGACCAGUUGUUUUUCAAUCCCAACAAGAAUAAUAAGCAUGAGUUAUGUAUGAUGAUUAGUUCUUUAAUACUUUAAAAAUCUCUUGUAAUGCAACUUGAAUUGUUUGACUUGAAGCUGAAGUCAAGCGCUCAAAGGC